CGAGGAGCCAAUGAGAGCGCGGGCGGGGCGCGCGCCUCCCUUCCUCCCAGAGGGCUUUGCUGCCGGCCAGACAGGUACGCUACGCAACUGACGCCGAAGAGGAAGGACUUGCACUUGGCCUGACUGCCGCAGUUAUGUUGGCAGCAAGGUUGGUGUGCCUCCGGGCCCUUCCAAGCAGGGGCCUCGGCCCUGCCAUCAGUCAUGCUUCGGCUUUUAGGAAUUCCACUCUCAAGACCAAGCAGUGGCUCUUGCAGCCUUAUCAGGGAUAUGCCUCCAGAGCUAGGGUGGGAAUACGUCGGGGGAAAACUGGACAAGAAAUUAAAGAAGCUGCUUUUGAACCAUCAAUGGAGACAGCAUUUAAAGUUGACCGCAUGGGAAGAUUCAUUGUUGCUGGAGGUGCUGUUGUUGGUCUUGGAGCCCUCUGCUACUAUGGAUUGGGGAUGUCCGAUGAAGUUGGAGCCUUUGAAAAAGCUAUGAUUUGGCCGCAGUAUGUGAAGGACAGAAUCCGCUCCACCUACAUGUAUUUUGCAGGAAGCAUUGGCUUGACGGCCAUGUCUGCUGUACUAGUCAGUAGAUCUCCUGCCCUCAUGAGUUUAAUGAUGAGGGGUUCCUGGUUGGCAAUAGGUGCAACCUUUGCAGCAAUGAUUGGAGUUGGGAUGUUGGUUAGAUCAAUAGAUUAUGAGCAAAGCCCUGUCCCUAAACAUCUAGCUUGGAUGCUGUAUUCAGGUGUUAUGGGUGCUGUGGUAGCUCCCAUGACUCUUCUGGGGGGUCCCCUGCUCAUCCGAGCUGCUUGGUAUACAGCAGGAAUCGUAGGUGGUCUGUCUACUGUGGCCAUGUGUGCACCAAGUGAGAAGUUUCUGAACAUGGGAGCACCUUUGGGAGUUGGCUUUGGCUUUGUGCUUGCAUCUUCUGUCGGAUCCAUGUUCCUUCCUCCAACAUCUGCCCUUGGUGCAGGCCUUUAUUCUGUGGCUGUUUAUGGUGGAUUGGUUCUUUUUAGUUUGUUCCUGCUCUACGAUACUCAGAAAGUUGUGAAACGUGCAGAAACUCUACCAAUGUAUGGUGUAGGACUGCAGAAGUAUGACCCCAUCAACUCAUGUAUGGGCAUUUAUAUGGAUACUCUCAACAUCUUCAUCAGGGUGGCCACCAUGCUUGCUGGUGGGGGUGGCAUGAAGAAGAAGUAAAGGGCAGCAUCUUCUGGCAGGCUGUAAUGAUGGGUCAUCAAACACUUUGGCUUGUCUGCUUAGUGCAUAAUAUCGAAUAAAACUAUUGUUGUGUACAAGCAGCUUUCAUGUAGGAGUCAGAUGUUUUAAGCACUUCAACAUGAGCUUUCAGGUGUUUUCAGUAUAAUGUGACUUGACUGUUAGUUUCCUGUUUAAUUUUUAAAAGAGCUGAGCGGAAACAGGAUUGUUGGCAUGCGACUCAGUCACUUUUCACCUCCUUGCGCUUUAUUUUUAAUAUGGGAGCAAAGUUCAUUUCAAUGUAAUUAUGUUUGUAGCAGAUGUACAUUUUAUUCCUUCCUCCAGAAAGGUGAAAGUCUGUGCAGUGCUACAACCUACUUCACAUAAAGCACCAGUCAGAAAGUGCAAAGCGUCAAAGCCAAUGUGAAUUCAAGAAGUGGUACACCUAAUUAGUCCAAUUUUUUCAUCGUAACUGAAUGUAGCACCUCUGUGCUUGAUGAAAAAUAAUUGCUAAUAAAGAAGCGCUCUGAAGGGAUAAUUGUGUAGGGCCUUCUUUGCAUGUAAGCAGAAAAAUAAGGAGUCAGUCAGCCAGAUAGUUUUUCUGCCAUGUUGGGUUUGCUACAAUCAUGCCUGUGCAACUUGCCUUCCAAAAAAUUGCAGAAACAGUAUUUAAGUGCAAUAAACUACAGGUGAUGGAGUUAAUAUCACAAAUGGCAGAGCAAACAAAAAAAAUGAAUUCUUUUGGCGCCUCCAGACCUCCCAUUUUGGUUCACAUCCACACUGGGACACAGCUUUGUCUUUGAAUGAAGCUUCCCCCUCUGUGCCCAAUUCCAAAUGCUAUCAAUGAACUUACAAUUUUUCUUUGAUUUCAUCCUGGGAAGUAAACAGCACCAUUCCCCAAACAACAGAGCAGCGAUUUCCAAAGAUGUUUAGUUAGGAUCUCCCUGUUAUUUAAGAAUCACACUUUUACAACUGCAGUAUUUUUAAAGCUGGGAAAACAUUAAUUUGUCAGGUCAAAUAAAGGUUGUUUGAAAAUUGUGGAAGCCUCCUAAAUGCUGUGGCAUUUAUCUGUUUAAUGACUGCAAUUUAAUAAUUAUUCUUCCAUCUCUUAAAGUCUGUACAUGGAUCAGUUCUUGAACCAAUAAAAUCUUAGCCCAACAAUU